AUGAAGCAGCUACCCGCAGACACUGUGCGGCUGUUGUCCAGCUCACAGGUCAUCACUUCGGUGACGAACGUCGUGAAGGAACUGCUGGAGAACUCACUGGAUGCUGGAGCACUGGCCAUUGACGUCAAACUGGAGAACUAUGGCUUGGACCGGAUAGAAGUACGCGACAAUGGGCGCGGAAUCAAAGCUGCCGACACUCGGGUGAUGGCACUGCGCCAUUUCACCUCCAAGAUCCAAAGCCACGAGGACCUUGAACGCCUCCAGACGUACGGCUUUAGGGGAGAGGCACUCGGCUCCAUUUGCGCCAUAGCCGAGGUGAUGAUCACUACCAAGACCGAGGAUGACGACAUCAGCACUCAGUAUACGCUUAACAACCAAGGGAGUAUCGUGUCCCAAAAGCCGACUCACUUGGGCCAAGGCACAACCGUUAGCGUACUAAAACUUUUCAAGAACGUUCCCGUAAGACGACAAUACUUCUCAUCAGCUAAGAGGUGCAAGGACGAGGUGAAAAAAGUCCAGGACCUGCUGGUAGCUUACGCUAUUAUAAUACCUGAUUUAAGACUCACGCUGACUCACAACAAGGUGGUGAUAUGGCAGAAGGCCAAGGCAGCUGACCACAGGAGCGCUCUACUUGCUACGUUGGGCUCCAAUACCGUUGCCAACCUACUUCCGUGUCACCAUCAUCAAGAAGAAGCAGAGAUAUUUCUAGAGGGUUUUUUCCCAAAGCCAGGAGCUGAUGUCUCUUCAACCAGCACUGCUGUUCCAGACAAAACAUUCAUUUAUGUCAACGAUCGGCCCGUCCACCAUAAGGACAUCAUUAAAUUACUUCGUCAACACUAUGCUGCGCAAUAUGCCGAUGAGUCGGCGCAAAACCGCUACCCUAUCCUAAUGCUUAAAAUUGCUGUUUCGCCCUCUUCGGUGGAUGUCAAUCUGACACCUGACAAGACCCAGGUUCUUCUCCACAAUAAGGAAGCUUUGUUUACUGCUUUAGAAGCUCUGCUUGUUUCUCUCUACGGUUAUCGGCCUGGUCGCAACUCUCCAACGGAGCAGCUUGGCCGUGAAACAUCAUUAAUGCCAUCCUCAAAAACUGGUGCUGUAGAACCAGGGGAUGAGAUCACGACAUUGCAGAACGUUGUGGAAAAUCACACACUUAAAAAUACGCUUGAACAGUCUAAACAGCCACCAAGCCGACGGACCUCAGACAGUAGCUCUUCAUCCUCGGUAGCAGAGGACUGGAUCGUCAACCGGAUGCCCGGUGGUGAUGAAACUAAACGCUCAUCAAGUGAACUCCCCAAAGCACUCGAGGAUGACGCAGACUUGAGUAGACCUCGUAUAUCUGCUGAAGAAUGGAGCAAAGGCACGGCUUUGACAGACCCGAUAUCAGGAGAGCCUUUGGAGCCUGUCAGAGUCCAUCAAAUCUCUGCUCCGAUUAGCCCCGUUGUCAACGAGAUCGAAGCAAACAAAAAAACAUCCAACAUCAUUACAGAAAAGCGUGUGGCUCUGACAGCCUUUGACCUGAUCAGCAACCGGACGUUGAGAGCGCCGCAAUCACCGGUCGCCCUUUUUGAGAAGGAGGCCCGCAUUGAGGUUCUCAGGGAGAAACCUACUGCCAGCGUACAGGAGAUCAGCAUUGCUGUAAAUGACAGGUGGAAAAAUCUAAUGGAGGAAGACCGUAAGAAAUAUGAGGAGAAGGCCAAAAAACAACUGGAACACCACGACCGCACUUGCGCAGCCAAACUGGCGAACAGCGGCGGACCAAAAGAGCGACGCGCCGUCUCUGCAACAGGCCAGAAGCGCAAGGCCCCACCGUUCUCCAACCAGCAAUUGCUGGAUGAGCUCUUCUCCGCUCACCCCCAGAAGAAGCCCAAGAGCCCACAGCCCAGGCCUUCACGGCCCCUCCCCUGUUGCUUAUCGAGCCUUCGCUCACGGCUCCAGCGCCUCUCAUCAUCCCGUAACACGGCGGCACCGCAGGGCCUCCGUCUUAUAAACCGGCUGGCCUCUCAGAGCGUCUGGGUGAUUUUAUGUGGUCAGAGGCUCAUGUUGUUAAACCCCUUUCGGGUACAGGAGACCUUGCUGCUUGAGAAACUCCUACAGAAUAAUAUACUCCCAGCAGUCACUCUGCAGAACCCUAUACAAGUAACAGAUGGGAGUUUGGGGGGAAGUGACUACAUGGAUGCCUUGUGCAAAAUGGAGAAACAAAGCCCAGAUCUGAAUGGGAGGAUGAUCAUAUCUGACCCAAGACUUGUCGCUAAUGGGUUUAAAGUCAGACUCACUCCAGGCGGCGCGUCGGCUGAGAGACAUCUGGAAGUGACAGCGCUGGCCGACUGUGUGCCUUUCCUCGGUGUAGAGGACCUCGGGGAGAUCAUGACUGCGGUUCUUCGCAGGAAGGCCAAAACUGUGCAGGAGUGUCGGCCGCUUAAAGUGUCCAACUACCUCCAAGGAGAAGCCGUUCGACUCGCCCGACAGAUGCCUACACAUUUAUCCAGAGAGGACGUGAAAGACAUCCUACGAAGGAUGGAACAGCAACUCGGCGAGAACAGCCACACCUGUUUUCACGGACGACCUUUCCUACAUCCGCUGUCUGACAUCCCUCAGAAUGACAACGAGGCAAAAGAUCUCUUUAAACCUUUGGCACUAUGA